GGGAUGUACUCCCUUAUAUCGGCGAUAUUACAAUAUUUACAAGACAUUUUAUUAAUUCUCCCAAAUGAGUUUUUCAGAAUUAAUUUACAUCGAGGAAAAUGGGAAUGGAAUAAAUUCAAAAUGACUAAUUACAUUCAUAUUAAAAAUACGCGAUGGAUGACUUAUAAAACAUUAAUGUAAAUAAAACCAUUCAUAUGGUAUGUGCCGCCCCAACGAUAUGGCUUUUUAACGAUUUUGAUCUGAAAAGGGGUGGAGAUUUCGAUUUAACUAUUUUGGUCUGUAAUAGGUUAUAUUUUUUACUCUGGUUGGCACUGAGUAUUUUGUUUACAAGGAACUAUUUUUUCCGCAUCAACAUGGGUAAAUUUGUAGACCUUCUCAAAUGUUUAGGCAAAUGGAAGCCAAUUCUGGUUAGCUGCGGUCAUGCAUGUAUUAGAGCCGUGUACUAAUCCUAGAGGUCUGAAAUGGAGUAUCGAUUUUUCGCUCGGGUCUGAGAUAGAUUAUGGAAAAUCACAAAUUUUGGACUGAAAUAGGGUACUAGGGACAGGUUUCAAGGUUUGGGCCCUACACCCCCACCAAAAACUUUGGGGAGUGCGCCCCUCCUUCGGGAGGCUUGUGAAACGUUUGAAUUAGUUAAUCCAAUCAAUACAGGAACACUUCAAUAACUCUUCAGUAAAUGAUAAACCAAAAAGCAAUCGUCACAUUGACUGAUUUUUACCAGCGGCUUUACACGACAUCGAACUAAUUCACAUUGAAACUCUCUUUAUUGCCAAGACUUCGAAGUUUAAAUUUGGAAAACAAAAUGAAUUCACACAAAACGUCAAACUCAUUAUAACAUUUUCAGGGAACUGUUCUGACUGAUUGAAGUACAAGGCUCUUGUACUUCAGUAACUUUUUGGAAGCUGGAUUACACGGUUGCCGUUAAAUGAUAAGGAUUGCAAAGAAUUUUGCUCCACGAGAUAUUUUUAGCUCAAUGAUCGCCUUUCUAUGUAUUUGGCAUAGCAUGCAGUGCUUAAAGCCAGUCAAAAAUUUCAUGAUCUAAUUAACAUUUUGCCAAAAGUGACAAAACCCUUAUCCUUUCCUUGAUAUAAAGUUUCAAACGUUUACCGCUCUUUUGUCCUUGAAGUGGAGCGUCCUGCGGUCAUUUAAAUAUUACCUUAAUUGGCUGUCAAAGCGAUUAAUAGAGUCCGGAUGCAAGCAUCAUAACAUUUAGCAGCUAGGCCUGUCAUGAGGACGUCUCAAUUCACUUUCCUUCUGCAGAUCACAGCUUCAUGGCAUCGUUUACUAUAAGCGCAAUCUUGGGAAACUCGGCUCCAAAACAAGACAACACAACACCUUCUGGUAAACACAGUGUGCCUGAUGAGUCACAAGCAGACACUUUGGAGACAGAAAAAGUGGAGUUCGUUCAUGGAAAAGUAGACAGAAGUGGCUGCUCAACAAGCCGUGAUGAUAUUCACUUCAACAAGACUCGCAGGAGGCGAACCGCUUUCACAAGCACUCAGUUACAGUCUCUGGAAGAAAUGUUUCAUGAUAAGAAAUAUUUAACAAUCACUGAAAGAAACAACUUGGCCAAGAGCCUUCGCCUUUCUGACACUCAAAUUAAAACAUGGUUUCAGAACCGGCGGACAAAAUGGAAAAAACAAACGGCGCCCGACUUUGAAGCGAACUUGCGGUUGGAGGAAAUGAGCGCUGUGUUUAGUCACAUCCAGACGGGUGUUCCUUGCUGCGGACGAGAACUAACAACUCAUCUUCACCCUGUUUUACAGAUACAAAACUAUAAAAUGGUACGGAGCUUGUAUCCUUCGUCAAACCUCCAAGUUGUUUACGCAAACUUACAACCAUUUUCGGCAACCUGUGGCUUCAGUGGUUGAAUUCUAUACUUUUGUCACUUCGGUGUCAAUAUUUGGAAAAUCCUAAGGUAAUGUCACACUAAUGAUAGCAGAUGAUACUGGGACUCGGAGAUUGUUUCUUGGCAAACUAUUCGUGAAUUUGGGCAUAUUUGUCUAGACAGUUUGGGGCUUAUUCAACAGAUUCAAGCUGAAUCGCGACAACGAUUAGCGAACAAUAAAUACAUAUUUAUUCAUGCUACAAAGUAAAGAAAACUACGUAUAAUGGAAGUCAAACUUAAUAAAUACAGAAAUCGGAAUGUUGACUAGACUGCCUGGAUAAACCCCGAGUAUUAGGUUAAUUUGGAAUAUUUACUUUAUGGCAACACAUGGAUAGAGUUAGGAUAUAUUCCGCCCAGGAUAGCGUCACGAAUUUUUAAUGACAGACAAAAAAACCCCACCCAGGAAGAUCAAAGAAUGCUCAAUUUGUUUAUAACAGGAUGCACGAUUGUUGGAGCCAAAUUCGCAAAUUCGUGGUUUAAUUAAUUCUUUUUCCUUGAGUACCAUUUUCUUGAAUGAGCUUUGUGCCCACAACGUAAGAUUAAAAUUUAACUGACCAUUGCAAAGAACUAUUCUCACAAUCGAGGAUUUAAGCGGAAUAGUUAAACUUUACGGAUCCAUUUCUAAGAUUUUUCGCCAUAUUAUUCAUCAACAAUAUAUAGAUUUUACUGAAUAUUUACCAUAUUUAGCGUAAGCCUUACGAACUCAGUCUGAGCAUGUUUUGGGACGCUUUGAUAAUUGGACCAUGAAGCUUAACACUCGGGUAAGAAUGUAUGUAAACAUGUUGACAACAUUACAACCUCACUAACUAAAGAUUGUAUAUUUCAAGAACAGUAACAUACACUUGUAAAGAAUGAAUCUCACAAAAGUCACCACUGAUUUCGUCAUGAAACUUCAGUUUUGUUAGUUGUGUCGAUCUAUGUUUAUCUAUAUCUUCUCGAUUUACUACACACUCCGUCUUUAUUGCUAGUUAUUAUACUAUAUAUAGCUGAUGAGCGAUUGAUGUAACCUAGCGCAAUAUUUUACUGAGAAAAUCGAUUUCAUUCACUCUUACUUUUUCAUCAACUACGACUCAUACAUAAAUUGUCGUCAUUGCAAAUAGGAAUACUUCCAUGAAUUAAACCUACCUAAUACUUAUUUAUUGCAUAAAUAAUAAUAAUAAUAAUAAUAAUAAUAAUAAUAAUAAUAUGUAUUUAGUUUUUUUAUUCUGUCAAUGUAAAUGAAGAAAUAAAUGAAUUCAAUGAAUGGUUUGUAGUGUGCCUGGCUCGUGGAAGUAACGGCAAUGUUGCAUGAAGAAUCCUGAACUCCAAUCUGGAUCUCUAGGCGAGGUAGCGUCUCCCCCUUUUUGUCAUUGAUAGCUUAUAUCUACAAAUAGCGACAAAAUACUCUUGAUUUGAGUAAAAUAAUAAUAAAAAACAAAUUUGGCUGAACUCUUUUCACAUUCCUAAGUGGGUCUGGUUGUUUUCUUUGCCGGGAUGCUGUCGAAUGUUGGUCUUUUGCCCGCCAGCGAGAGAACCAAGAGGUCGAGCCACUUUAAAUUGGAAAUUAGAAGGUGUAGCAGCGUCUGCUUAGACCGUCACGACGAGGAUCAAAUAGAAAUGACAGUUGUCUCUGAGAACAACCGAGAAUCAUAUACACCAGGAGAAAGGGAUUGAUAAUUAUUUCUUCUUGGUAUAUUCACGCAGUGAUUACCUUUAACAUUCAUUCCUUUUACAUUCGCAGUGGAUUGUCUCCUAUAAGAUUUCAGUUCUGGCGUCCAAUCUCAUUUUUAGUGGUUUUAUAAAUUUUCCCAGUAUAAUUACAAAAUAAAUCAAUGCAGUGGUGUAAAUAAACUUCAUUCUUGUCUCAUAUCAUGCGCUUUUUUCACAUUCAUUGUUUCCUAUUUUUGUCGUGAUGGUUGCUGACCAGUGCAAUAGUAGGAUGCAUUCACACUAGGAAAUGUUUCGUGCAGCUUGUGCCGUAAUUUUGGCGAUACAAAAUACCCUAGCAUACCUUUCAGAUCUAAGCAUGGCGCAAAAUGAGAGCGUCUCGCAGUAAAUUUUGUUACGGCCAAAAUGUAAUCGAUUCAUUUUUGAUUCAGUCAACCCUGGGAGCAACGCUACGGCAGUUUCUUCAGCAUUGUGCCCUCUACAUAAUCGAGAACCGCGAUUAGUCAGUUCCCUGGGAAGUUCUUUCACAACCGUCACCUUUAUUGAUUGAGCAAUUCAUUUGGCUAGGCCUCUUCCUGUUAUCAAAUUUUAGACUAAUUCCUUGCUAAUUCUUCAAGUAUAAGUUGCUUUAAUAGAAAUUGUAUCAAGGGCAUGCUUUGAUUUAUCAUUGUCAGGGGUAACAAAUCGUAAGGGAGCACCCGGAGAUCUGGGCCUGAGCAUCCACGUCAGCACUUAAAAAUUUGAAAGACUAAAAGGACCCCGCCAAACAGGUCUACUGUUGUAGGUCUGUAGACCGGCUGUCUACCUAGGAUUGCUUCCUAUCUCAUACCAAAAACUGUGUAGAAAUAACCCAAGUACAAUGGUAACCCUGUCUUUCCUUCCGUUUCCCUUGUUCCUUUGUUGUCGCAUCUAUUCUACUCGCAACGUGUCCUUUGGCAUCAGUCGGUGGAAAAACGGAAAAUUCCGGAGGUCGUUAAUUCAAAUCCCACCGAGGUCAAAUAUGUUUUCUUUACCUCAUGUGGUAUUAUUUUCUUGCCAAGCUAACACUGAGAAAGAAUGUUCAAGCUUUGUAUAUCGAUUUACUGGUGGCCAGUUUCUAAACCACUUUUUAUCGUUGAUUUAGGUGUAAACGAUGCACGAUUACUAUUACAUUUUACAAGGUUUGAGAACACCAUUCACUAAUCAAAUUGACGCAUUUUGAAAGUUACUUUUGAAAAUUAAGAAAAUGUCUGCCAGUAGACAUUAUGAAUUUAAGCACCAAAUCAGCUCAAAGGGGCGCGUCGUAAAGCUAAGGAUGAAAAUUAAGAAUAAGAGAUCAAAUAAUACCUGUUUGGUGCCAUUUACUAACAUAUCAAGUUUUGACUCAAGAAGAAAUUGAAGAAGUUGAGCAAACUGCGAAAUCUGCACCCGCGUUAUUUUUGCUAUUUGCCCCCUUUUACUUUCUUUCACUUUUCAUUCUCCAAUAUCAAUUAUUAGUUGUCUUAAAGUUCGUUUUUUUUUACAGUUUUGCACCAGCAAAUUAAGAAACGCUCGGACCUUACCUUGUCCAGUCUUAGUCAAUUAUCAAUGCUAAAUCGUAUUAAGAACCUUAAAGUUUGUGAAACUUGGCGAGAAAUCCGUGACUUUUCAGUCAUUCAGUAGUAAAGAACGCGAACUUUGUCACUUA